AUUUCCCCUGUACUAUGUUGAGGAUCAUAACUAUAAAUAGAUUUUGCCCUACCUGACAUUUGGACAAGAACGAUUAAGACGCAUAGUGGAAGAAACGUUAACAACUGUAGCAUCAUGACCGAAAGCCUCGCAGAUCAACUGAAGAAAGUAAAACUGAAGAAAUCAGCCGAGCCUAUGAAGGACUUCUCGAACCCCAAGACCAUGGGGUUCACUAGUGCCAAAGAGAUUCGGGAGUACGAGGAUAAGGUGCUGGAUGUUAAUACCGAGCGCUGGAUUCAACUCCUCAGUGAUGUCACAUUCCCUACAGUCACGUGCCCCUUCACUCUUGACGACGCCAAACUCUUCAUCGAGUGUUACAAGAGGAUAUUUGACAAUAAAGAUGCUGAAACAGCCAUGGCAAUAGAUUGGAAAGCUUCAUUGGUGAGUGUCGAGAGAGAACAUGUGGCCAACCUUACCGAGAGACUAGACUCUGCUAUGUCCGUCUUUACCAAAGAUGACGGGUGUGCGUUCGUGAAGUUGUCUUCCAGGAGUGCAAAGGACGCACCAAUGCUACAGUCGCGACUAAAAGAUAUGUACAGACAGGCUUUAGGAAAAUUCAACGAAACCGAACAAAAACAAGAAAAUACAAAGAUCAUAUGUUUGCUGCAAGCUGCGUUUGAUGCCAUGAGAGUCACGUGUGCCGCUGACGUCAUUGAUAUGUUCGUACGCAGUGAGCGAGUGUAUCAAGACCUGCUAUUGGCUGCUAUAAACAGACCGGAGGUAUAUGAUGAACAUUUUGUUAUUCGGAAGUUUAUUCCUAUUGACGUGGACAUGGAGUUCCGGGGAUUUGUUUACCAGGGACAACUAACCGCUCUUUCACAGUACAACUAUAUGGUUUAUUCAGAGCGACUUGUGGCAAAGAAAGAUUCAAUUGCUAACCGAAUUCAGGAUUUCUUCAAAAUUUCUGUACAACCAAAACUUCCUUCAGCUAAUUUUCCACAAGACUUUAUCAUCGACUUUGCUGUUUGUGAUGUCGAAGCCGAAGACAAUCUAUGGAAACUAUGGGUUAUUGAAUUGAACCCAUUUCUCUCGUCAACAGACGGUGCCAUGUUCAGUUGGGAGCAUGAGCGACAUCUUCUAACAGAAAAUGAUGGAUUCCACUUCCGGGUGGUACCAAGACCAAAACCAGGGUCCCUUACAAUGUUACCAAGCAGUGUUCGGGCGAUUUUAAAGGAUACUAUGUCAUAAGGGAACUGUGUAAUAUAAAGCAUAACAUUUAUUUUCAAGAACACUGGCAUCUGCAUACGUUGGUUGUGUUUACUCAAAACCACUACAGGAAUCUCUGAAAGUCACAGAUACUUAUGUUAAAAGCUGCUAAACGUUAUAGAAUGUAGAUUAUCACCAAACAAACGACUCUCAUUUGUCUUGUACAAUGACCAUGUGUGUUUUCGGAUCUACGCCUCCAAAACACAGUGGUAUAUUCCUCCCUUCAUACUUAUGCCAUAAGGUUGCAAGGUAUCUGUAUGCAAAUAGCAAUGAAUGCAACCAAACACACAAAUCACUAGACCAAGCAAACAAAUCACUAGACCAAACAAACAAAUCACUAGACCAAACAAACAAAUCACUAGACCAAGCAAACAAAUCACUAGACCAAGCAAACAAA